CGCCUCCGCCGCCCCUGACCUGCGGCCGGCCACCGCCAUGGCCUUGCCCGGCCCGCGCCCCGCCGGGGGCCCCCAGGCGGCCUUGCUGGUGCUCACGGGCUGGCUCUUGCUCUCUCCCCCGCUGGGCGCAGGCAAGAAGAGGCUGCACAUCGGGGCGCUCUUCCCCAUGACUGGCGGCUGGCCGGGGGGCCAAGCCUGCCUGCCCUCCGCCCAGAUGGCCCUGGAGGACGUCAACAGCCGCAGGGACAUCCUGCCCGACUACGAGCUGCGCCUCGACCACCGCGACAGCGAGUGUGAACCUGGUGUGGCCACCAAAUUCCUCUACGAGCUUCUCUACAAUGACCCCAUCAAGAUCAUCCUUAUGCCGGGCUGCAGCAGCGUUUCCACCCUGGUGGCUGAAGCUGCGCGCAUGUGGAACCUCAUUGUGCUGUCCUACGGCUCCAGCUCUCCAGCCUUGUCCAACCGCCAGCGUUUCCCCACCUUCUUCCGCACGCACCCUUCGGCCACGCUGCACAACCCCACCCGUGUGCAGCUCUUCAAGAAGUGGAGCUGGACCAAGAUUGCCACCAUACAGCAGACCACAGAGGUGUUCACCUCGACUUUGGAUGACCUAGAGGAGCGCGUCAAAGAGGCUGGCAUUGAGAUUACUUUCCGCCAGAGCUUCUUCUCUGACCCCACUGUGCCUGUCAAGAAUCUCAAGCGCCAGGACGCUCGCAUCAUCGUUGGCCUCUUUUAUGAGACUGAGGCCCGGAAGGUCUUCUGUGAGGUAUACAAGGAGCGCUUGUUUGGGAAGAAGUAUGUCUGGUUCCUGAUUGGCUGGUACGCCGACAAUUGGUUCCGCAUCAAGGAUGCAAACAUUAACUGCACGGAGGAGGAGAUGAGGGAGGCAGUGGAGGGGCACAUCACCACCGAAAUUGUCAUGCUGAAUCCAGAGAACACCCGCAGCAUCUCCAAUAUGACGUCACAAGAGUUCAUUGAUAAGCUGACAAGGCGAGUGGAAAAAACCCCAGAAGAGACAGGGGGCUUCCAGGAGGCCCCACUGGCCUAUGACGCCAUCUGGGCGCUGGCUCUGGCACUCAAUAAGACCUCCGCUGAGCUGGUGAAGAAAGGGCUGCGACUCGAAGACUUCAAUUACAACAACCGGACCAUCACGGAUGAGAUCUACCGGGCGCUCAACUCCUCGGCCUUUGAGGGAGUCUCGGGACAUGUGGUCUUUGAUGCCAGUGGCUCUCGGAUGGCCUGGACUCUCAUCGAGCAGCUUCAGGAUGGCAUCUAUAAGAAGAUCGGGUAUUAUGACAGCACCAAAGAUAACCUCUCCUGGUACAACAAUGAAAAAUGGAUCGGGGGCGUCCCGCCAGCUGACUACACCAAGGUCAUCAUCACUUUCCGGUAUCUCUCCCAGAAACUCUUCAUUUCUGUUUCGGUGCUGUCCAGCGUAGGCAUCCUAUUGGCCAUCAUCUGCUUGGCCUUCAAUAUCUACAACGGGCACGUCAGAUACAUCCAGAACUCACAGCCGUAUCUCAACAACAUGACGGCAGUGGGUUGCGCGCUGGCACAGGCCGCUGUCUUCCCGCUCGGGCUGGAUGGCCUCCACAUCAGCAAGGACCUCUUCCCCUUUGUUUGCCAGGCUCGGCUUUGGCUCCUGGGCUUGGGUUUUAGCUUGGGCUAUGGCAGUAUGUUCACCAAGAUCUGGUGGGUGCAUACCGUUUUCACCAAGAAGGAAGAGAAGAAAGAACGACGCAAGACCCUGGAACCCUGGAAGCUCUACGCCACCGUCGGGUUGCUCGUUGGGCUUGACUUUGUCAUCCUGGCCAUUUGGCAAAUAGUCAACCCGCUGAAGCGCACCACUGAGGAAUUCACCAAAGAGGAGCCCAAAAGUGACAUUGACGUGCUAAUCCUACCCAAGCUGGAGCACUGCAGUUCCGAAAAGAUGAACACUUGGCUGGGUAUCUUCUAUGGCUUCAAGGGACUGCUGCUACUUCUGGGCAUCUUCCUUGCCUAUGAGACUAAGGGUGUCUCCACGGAGAAGAUCAAUGACCACCGAGCUGUGGGCAUGGCGAUCUACAAUGUGGCUGUGCUGUGCCUCAUCACUGCCCCUGUCACCAUGAUCCUUAGCAGCCAGCAGGAUGCAGCCUUUGCUUUUGCCUCCCUCGCCAUCGUCUUCUCCUCAUACAUCACCCUGGUGGUGCUCUUUGUGCCCAAGAUGCGGCGUCUCAUCACCCGGGGAGAGUGGCAGUCUGAGCAGCAGGACACCAUGAAGACCGGCUCCUCCACCAACAACAACGAGGAGGAGAAAUCGCGGAUGCUGGAGAAGGAGAACCGCGAACUGGAGAAGAUCAUCGCGGAGAAAGAAGAGCGCGUCUCGGAGCUCCAGCAACAGCUCAAAGAGCGCCAGCAGCUGCGCUCGCGGCGGCGCCCUCCAACUGCGACAACCACUUCAACAACUCGGCCUCGGCCUCCGCAGCCACCGGCCCCAACCUCUACCAGCCCAGCCUGCCGCUCGUCCGCUGCCUCGUGGCUGAACAGGCCGACAAGCUGGGGCGCAACAACUGUGACGGGAGCCGCGUCCACCUGCUCUACAAGUGACGGACCUCGAGGGCGCCACUGAGGGGGA